GCUUUUUCUUUUUUGCACCCUUUCCUCUCUUUCAUUUUUUUCUCUGUUCUCUUUAUACUUUAUUGCACCUCAGUACUAGAAGCUGCUGGUCACUUAUAUUGAGAACCAAGGCAGACAAAGAAAAACCCGAGCCCGAUGAUGACUGUACCUGCGUUUGGAAAGCCAGACUCAACAGCGGCCGAAGAUAAUAAUAAGCAGGAGCACGGACAAGGUGGUCGGGAUCGUUCAGGCACCAUCACCGCCCUACCUAGACUAGUUCAGUCGCAGAGCUCAAUAUCGUCCGGAUUCUCACUCGAUGAUACCCAAAGCCAUACCUCCUCUGUGGAUACCACCGCCGACACGGGUCCGACGACAGCGCGGGUUGACUGUAACACAAACCUCACGUCCAUCAGGCCCUGGUCAGCCAGACGAAGAAGACGAUGAAGACGAUUAUAGCACAGCUGACGACGAGGACGACGAAUAUGAUGGAGAUAAGGUCAACAACGAUAAAGAUAAGGAGGCGUCGCUGCAGCAACAACAGCAACAGCAGCAGAAUCAUGUGCAUGAUGAUAACGAGGAGCUCUCAAAACAAAUCCAAGAUCUAAUGGUGCAGGAUCGCCAGUCGUUUGAGGAUGAUUUUGUGCAUGACAAUGGUAACGACGAUGCUGAUAUUGACGAUGGUCGGUCCAGCCCAAAAAGUCUUCAUUCGACUGCAUCAUCCUCUUACAGUGUUGUUUCCAGUGCAUCCAAUUAUGACUUGUUACUGGCCCGGCUUGGCACUCCACAACAAGGCAGCGAGAUAGCAACAGGCCAGUCUUCUUCUUCAUCGUCAUCGUUCGACCAAGUUGCUGCGCCUGAUUCAAUGUCCCAAGUGUCCUUGGAACAGCAUGAGGCCUCAAGAAUUGGAGAGGAGGAAAUUGAUUGGGAGUUUUGGUCAAAAGUCGUUUCGGAUUUCAAAGCUGUCAAGGCGUCGACCUUGCGGCAUCACCUGCAGCGAGGCGGCGUUCCCCCUUCACUGCGCGGUACGGUCUGGCCACUGCUGGCCAAAUCCAAGGAUAGUCGGUUGGAAGACCAGUAUAUGCGGUUGUUGAAGAGCGAAUCCGUAUAUGAAAAAGCAAUUAUCCGGGAUUUGGCGCGGACAUUUGCAGACAACGAAUAUUUCCAAUCCAAGGAUGGACAAGAAGCGUUGUUCAACGUUGCUAAGGCAUAUUCACUAUACGAUACGGACGUUGGCUACUGUCAAGGUGUCUUAUUUAUUGCUGCGCCUUUGUUGUUGAAUAUGCCUGAGGAAGAAGCAUUCUGUGUGCUAGUGCAGAUAAUGACGCGAUAUGAGUUGCGUGGCCAGUUCAAACCUCAACCCGAUCUUCUAUCCCAACGCUUGUAUCAGCUUACAUAUUUGGCCAACGACCAUCUGCCACAUGUUCAUCGGCAUUUCGAGUUACAGGGGAUCCAAACCAACAUGUAUGCCAUGCCAUGGUUUAUCUCGCUAUUUGCCUUUAAGUUUCCGCUGGACGUCGUAUUCCGCAUAUAUGAUAACUUUCUAUCUGAUGGUGUUGAGGUCCUAUUUCGUGUGGCUCUUGCUCUGUUGGAGAAGAACCAAUCCAAUAUCUUGGUCCUGGAGUACGACAAACUUUUACAAUUCCUGAAACACGAUCUAUUGCGGAUAUAUACGGAUAACACAAGCAGUCUCAUCUACGACGCAUAUCGUAUCACCAUCCCAGCUAAACGACUUGACAAACUGGCCAAACAAUUCCAAGCCGACGUGGCACGCAGCAAUUCGGAAGCAGAGGCUAUUGAUAAGUUAAAAAGACAGAACAAGGCUCUACACGAAACCGUUCGGCAGCUGCAAGGCAAUCUUAACGACAUCAAUCGAGAGCAUGGAGUGGUAGCCAAGGAGCUGAUAGAGUCAAAAAUGGAAAUCGCCCGGAUUCAUGACGAGAACGAUGCGCUCAGACAGCAAUCGUUUGAUCUGAAGCGAGCACUCGAGACGUUACCACAAGAGGUAGAAAGUAGAGUAAAGGAGGAGAUGCAAAUUCUGGCAGGAAAAAAUGCAGCCCUGGUGAAACGCAACACGACACUGGAAGACCAGCUGGCAUACAUGGAGAAUAUGGUACUAGAGAUAAAAGCGAAAUUCGCCGAUAGCGAAGAUGAGCGUGCUAACCUGCAGCAGCGACUGGGGGAUUUGAAACGGCUCAUGGACUAGUUUCAAUAAUAAAAGCCUAUACCUUUGUAAAUUAUUGUAUAAUUACAAGCGUUAAAGAUAAGAAUGGGAAUGCUAAGUGG